CUCCAGAAGGGGGAGGGGGAGAGCGCGGAAGGAUACGGAGGCGCUGGCUGCGGGAGGCGCGUGUGGAAGGGGGCCGGGCGCGCCGGUGACGGGGGAUUCUCGCGAGAAGUGGAGGACGGGAAGAAGUCCCGGCCGCGCCGCCGCUGUGGGGACGGGCCCGGGGCCUGAGGCGGGAGCGGGGCCGGGGCCCGGGCCCCACCGGGACCUCACUGCCCGCCCCGCGGGGGCUGCCCGGCACCCCGAGCCGCAGAGGGCCCGAGGCCCCUUCCUAGAGAAGCGCUGAGGCCUGCGGGCCGGCGGCGUGCCCUCCCCGGGGAGGGCUGGAAAGAGCAUCCGGGACAGGCAAAAGGGCCUCCGGGAGCGCGGUGGGCGGCACCGAGAGCGGUGCCAGUGACACCUCGCACCCUGCGGGGGUGCCAUGUGGCUCAGUGUCCCUCGCCCGGGGGUGGUGGAGCGGGACCGGCACGCAGCAGUUCAUUUUUAGGCCUGGGAGGCCGUGUAGACAAAGUACGCCAAGUAGAUAAGAGCAUGGCUGCGUAAUAAAGGUUUAAACCGUCAAAACAGCCUUUCGUUGGUAGAGCAAAGUGUCUCGCGUGCCAGGCUCGCCAAGCACAGCCGCGGCAGGGAGCGCGAGGUGAGCAACCGGGGACCUGGCAGGGCAGCGGUGGCAGCGACAGCACCCACGGCCCCAGCGGCCUGAGGUAGAAGAAAAACUCAUUUCCAUCCAGCAUCCCCAUGGAGGACACAGAUAGGGGCAAAAACGAUGAUUGUUGUCGGAUGACCGAGCGGCUUGUAUCAAAAAAAUUUCAUCAAAUAACCUUUCUGAUGGCUGCCAAUAAGCAGAAGGGUUCUGUGCAGCUUCUGCGAAGUUCCAGGCCCAGUAACCAUGGCCUGUUGGUGUAACUGCACGAUCAAAGUGUGAAUUGCUGUAAACAGCCAGCUCAAACAAAAGGGCAACUUCCCUUCAGCUCUGAAUCAUCAGAAACUGGGUGAACAAGGCUGGGAACAGGACACUGCUUGGGACAAGGACUCUGUGCACAUGCUCAAACAGGGCGCCUCUGCAGGGGUGUUCAGCUUAACAGCCAAACUGCCUGCACGUGCGCAGACCCAUGGGACAUCUUGUAAGACGUUUUUAAAAAUCUACAUCAAAUUGGAGUCUUUUCUGUCGGUCCCGCUUCCCAUUGCCAGCUUUGGAUCCUGAACUGGGACUGGACACUUGCCCCUCCCUCUUGGGCUUGUGGUAGCCGCUGCUUGGUGCUGUCUGGACCCUCCCAAGUUGGCAGUCCUGCUACCGAGUUGAAUAAGAAAAAUGCCAAGAGCAUUUUUAAUCAGGGUUGGAAGUCAUAAGACUCCAAGAAGGCAUCAGGUUUUGUUCCUUUACAGGAAAGCCUCAUUUCCUAUGGAUUUCUAUAUUGUGAAAGUAACAUUUUUAGUGAAUUAUACUACAACUUUAUUUUAUUGCCUGUGUUCUCCUCACCUAGUACUGCAGCAGGGUUGCUUUCCACUCUUCUCGAAAAUCCCACACCUCCUGUGCAUCUCUUGGCAGAGAGAGUUGAAAGGCUUAAACAGGAGGCUAUAGAGUGCUGGGAACUGUGCAGCUCCACCCGUGGCACCAGAAGCCUGUACGGUGGUGCAGAGCCUCUGGGUCUCCGUUGGGGACAGCGACCUCCGAGCAGAGCCGUAGCUGCCCAGGCUGGAGCACAGAGCCCGUUAACCCGAGCAGCUCCUGGUCUCGUGGCCGGUAGCGGCCCUGAUGUCUCAGGAAUCGUGGCGGCCGAGCCACCCCACCACCUUGCAGAUCCCCAAGGCCCGGGGAGGGCGAGCGCGGCAUGCUGUCUACCUGCUGCUGGCUCUGUGCGCUGCAGCGCUGUGCCUCGCCGGGGAGCCCCUCGUGCCCACCGCCCGCAGCCUCACCUUCCACUUUGCAGCCCUGCAGAUCGGGGCGCUGCUCAAGGGCGCCUGCUUCCUGGCAGAGGAGAUCUUCCACCUCCAGUCCAGGCACCGCGGCAGCUUCUGGAGGGCCCUGAGCGCCUGCUUCCCCCUGCGCUGGCACGGGCCCAUGCUGCUUGUCUGUGGCUCAGCCUACGUGGCUCUUCAUGACGGAGAUGAGCAGCCGCUCGGCUUCCACCUCGGCCUCGCCAGCCUGUGCCAGCUCCUCAUCCUCGCUCUGGGGCUCCACAAGCCCUCAGCAGUGGAAAUAUCUGAGAUGUCUGAAAGGUCCAAGCAGAAUGUCGCUCAUGGGCUCGCCUGGUCUUAUUACAUUGGGUACCUAAAAAUAGUCCUGCCACGAGUGAAAAAGUCAAUGGAGGAAUUCAGCAGAGCCAACCCCAGUGUGCUGACAUACAGGGAGACCUGGAAACUCCACAUCUUGAUCCCUCUGAACUGUGACGUCUAUGAUGACCUGGAGAAAGCUGACAGCAAUAUCCAGUACCUGAAAGACCUCACUGAAACCACCCUGGCCCGAGCUGGCACCAAAAAAAGGAUCUACAAACACAGCCUCUACACAAUCAGGGAUGAAGACAACAAGCUCUGGCACUGUGCAGUGGAGUAUGCCACCCCGCUGCAGUCCCUCCACGCCAUGUCCCAGGACGAGUGUGCUGCCUUCAGCCGGGAGGACCGCCUGGAGCAGGCCAAGCUUUUCUACAGGACCUUGGAGGAGAUCCUGAAAGGCUCCAAGGAGUGCGUGGGUACCUACCGGCUCAUUGCAUACGAAGAGUCAGGAGAAGUAGAGCCCCACUUCUUGUCCAGAGAGAUCCUCUGGCACCUCCGGCAGCAGCACCGCGAGGAGUAUGCCGUGGGUGAGGGGAACCACCCGCGUGCCCCGUCCACAGUGCUCAACUCCACAGACCUCAGCCUCCAGAUAAGUGAGUCAGACCUGCCACAGCCUCUGCGAAGUGACUGCUCCUGAAGCACCAGCGCUGCCCAGCCCCGCACCACCACCUCGGGGCUCCAGCCCCCCCUCCACAAGCCCCUUCCUCUCGCAGCAAGUGCUGCCCACGGCAGCGAUCCCCAGCUUCCUGCAGGAGCUUCGCACCAAAACCUCCUGUGCAUCGUGUUUACUGGAAACACCUGACUCAAACCACAGUCUUGUGACAUGCUUCCCAGUUUCUUUGUUAUGUAUAUCUCAUAUAUUAAUCCGUGA